UAACAACACGUUCUGUGACGUUAGAAACAGUGUUUGUCUCAGAUUUAACCGAAAUACCGUAAAAUGUUCACACGUGAUUAACAGCAUCUCACCUGGACUGCAGCUCAACCACAUGUUGUUGAUUCUCUGGUUUUCAGACAGAGUGAACAUCCUGUGUGAAGAAGCGUCAGAAAUGUCAAGUUUUCAUUUAAAGUUUGAAAAUUUAAUGUCAUCCCUGUGAUGUACCAAAGGAUCAAAGACACACACAUUCCCGUGAUCUGUGAUGUCAUCGCAUAUAACAGGAAGUGAAUCCUCCACAGAGGAGAGCACGUCUGGAGAACAAGAACCAGAACCAGAACCAGAGCCGGACCGAAACGAGAACAGUUUCUGAGGUGAUGGCCACGUCAGAGCGUGAUGUCAUCGACUUCUCGGCGUUGAAGCGAGAGCUGCAGGCGGCGGUGGCGUCUGAGCAGAGAUUCCAGCAGGAGAACGAGACGAAGCUGAGGGCCGUCAGUCAGGGAGUCGCCUCCUACCGGGAGUUCAGAGACCUGGUCCUGACCUGUCACCUGAAGCCUCUGGAGAAGAAAGACAAAGACAGAGCUCCACGGAAACAACCCUGGAACCCCGUCGCCCCAAGCAACAAGUGAUGUCACACAGAUCACAUCUACUCACUGACUGUUUUUUGGUUAUUGAACUUUUGUUUCUGGAAUCUUCAUCCUUCACCAGAUGAUGAGGUUUGGGGUUUGCGUGGGACAGGGAGUGCUGUGUGAUUUUACAUCACAAAUAAAAAGAUGUAAUAAAAUGUG